CAUUUUCCGAUGAAAUUCAGUCAUGAAUCACGUUUGCCCCGAUAACCAUGGCCGCGGCGUGUGAGAUGGCCCCCCGUUAGCAUGUGGGCGGGCAUGCACCAAGCCCUGAUGAUGCCAGGAACCGAGUGACCUGACCUGACCUUGCGCCAUGAGCUCGUUCUCAGGCAAGAUAAAGGAGUUCCCGCAGAUCUCCGUGGACAGGUUCGAUGGCCGUAACCUCGCCAGUACCGCUUAUUUCCUCAGCCAUGCCCAUUCCGAUCACAUGAUUGGGUUGAGUUCACCCCAGUUCUUGGAUCACCUAGAGAGUAAUAGUGGCGUCUAUCUUUACUGCUCUGCUAUCACGGCUCGCUUUCUGCAAGCAUCUAUCCGACACCGCCCUUUGGACCCAUUUGUGAGGCCAUUACCUCCUGAAGAACCUGUCAAGAUAACAGUUCCCAAUGUUGCUGAGGAAGCCAGCCAUCAACUCUGUGUCACUCUUAUACCUGCGGGACACUGCCCAGGAUCAGUCAUGUUCUUGUUUGAGGGAAGAGGAGGAACUGUUUUAUACACUGGGGAUUUCCGUACAAGUGUAGGAGAUGUAGAAAGAAUACGAGCAUUACACAACUCAGAUGGCACUGUUAAGGCUGUAGAUUCUUUACAUAUAGACACCACUUUCUGCCACCGUGAUAUCUUGCACUUUCCCUCAAGAGAGGAUAGUUCAUCUGCCAUCUGUGAUCUUGUAGAAGACUGGCUGGCAAGAGGAAAUAACCAUCUCAUACACCUUGUGUGCCCAGCAAAAUAUGGGUACGAAUAUGUAUACCGGAGCCUCCAUGAACGCUUUGGGAUGCGUGUGCACGUCAGUCGGUGGAAGUAUCGCAUGUAUGACACGGUACCAGAAAUUCAGGAUGCACUUACCCCAGAUGCAACUGAAACAUGGAUUCAUGCCUGUGAUUGGAGGAUGAGAGAAAUCGAGGAGGGUGAAGACCAGAGUGACCGCCAGCUUCCAUGCAGAUGUGUUCCGUUUGGAGUAGAUACAGCACCAAGUAUACGAGUUAUUCGACCGUCAGCAAUGUUUUACACAGUCUAUCAGUCUGCUAAGGAGGUCAAGCAAGUCAAUAGAGAUGGAAGUUUCUGCAGAGUGCUGUUAUCCAUGCAUGCGUCUUGUUCCGAAGUUCUAGAUUUGGUAUCAUAUCUGCGGCCAAGAAAGGUCUACCCAAAUGUCAUUCCUAUGAAUUCUUCAAAGGAAGAGGUUUUGAAACUUCUUCAUGAGGCCUUGAAUCGCUCUGGAGACCACUAUAGCAUUGAGUAUGGUGGCUCUCAACGCCGGAGUUUGGGUUCCUUUAAGAGACAGUUGCAAAGCAAUGAGAGCAACAGCAGUACACUAGAGGCAGCAAUGUUGGAUGGAUUCCUGACUUCCCCAAGUAAACGUCGGAGGCACAGUGACAGCAACAUGACUUUAGUCCUCCCAACUCCUCGAGGCAAUAUGAAGGGAUCACUCAGCCUGGAAGGAGAAGCCAGAUGUGAUGCUUCUGAGGGCAAUGUAGCAGGUACCUCAGGGAAUCCAGGGACUCAGGGAUCACCAGGGAUUAACUUGGAGUGGACUGAUCCUUACACUCCAUCCCCCACUUCAUCUGCAUCUUGUAAAUAUGUGACCACCCCAACUUCUAGUCAAGACGAGCAACAGACGAGUUCAAAAUCAUCCAAUUCUGCUAAAGUCAACCUUAGCAGCAAGUUAGAAACUGCCAAUGUAGGAAAUAUUGUAAGUGAUAGUGCAAUAAGAAAUGUGAUAGUCAAAGUUUCCCCACCUGUGACCAGUAGAGUUGUAAGUGCUGGAACAAGUAUCAAGGGUAGUGAUAUUGGUAGGUAUGGUUAUAGUCCCCAACAGAUGUCGGUUGAUGCUGAUGAAGAAGGGGACAACCAGUCAAUAAGUAGCUUGGUUAAAAGUCAAGAUAGCAUUGACUUAGCUAGUGUAUUUUCUGAUGAUGUUGGAGAGAGUUCAGUGAUGACAGACUUGAAAGAUGAAAGACCAUCAUCAUCUGCAGGUGUUGCUGGGGAAAGUGACAUCAAACGAAGCAGGAAGAUGUGGUACAAACAUAAGUAUUUUUCCACACCAGUUCAUGAUGAAGGAGACAAGCGACUUAAACUGGAACCUAAGCCCUCAUUUGGACCACGAUCAUCCUCACUUCCUCUCCCAGAGCCUGACCGUGAAGGGAUAGUUUCACCUGAUCUAUUCCCAAGUCCUGAAGCAGAUCGUAGUCUUCCUCUCAUCACUGUUUCUUCUCCAUCAGAUCAAGCCAGUGAGUCGCAGGUAUCUGAUGAGACUAAUGUUACCAUUGUCUUAAGUGGCAGCUCGGGAGAACCAUCUGACCUUGAUGUUAUGUUAGUGGAUGAACUUCCAGCAGACCAUACUCUGUGUUCUGAAUCCCCUCACUCAGUGAGUCCCUCAAUCCCAAGACCUUCAGUAAUUUGUGGCCCUCCACUUGUUACUGCUCUACUUGACAAAGAUUCAGGAACUGGUUCUGAAGUGAAUACACACUCAGUCAUCUCAUCCCCAAGUGAUUCCUCCAACAGCGAUUCAGCAGGGUCAGGACGCAGUGUCCCUCCACUGAAAUCUCCAGUGCCCAGUAACUCCCCAAAAGUAGUAGACCUUGUAAGUGAUAGUGACUGCACACCAGAACUAGAAGACUUGUUAAUACGCACGCACCAGGUCACAGGAGUCACAGUGAAAACCCAGGAUUGUUCGGGGAGAUCUUCGUGCCUCAAGACCACAAGAAGGAGAGAUAAUGAAGUUGAAGUUGUGACUUUGGAUCAGCAACGCCUAUGAAGCAAGACUUUGUAAGUAGUUUUUUUUUUUUGUUAUUCAAGUCUCCAAGUUUAUAUUGACAUUGCUUACAUUGUUUUAUCUUUUUAUUUUGUGUAAUAUUUGUAAUGUUUUCUUUUAUAAUGGAUGACUAAAAUAAUGCUCUCAAAUAAAGAAUUAAAUGCAAGGCUCAUGGGAGGAUAUCAACCUUUGUAAGACUGAUGAGUGAACAAGAAAAAUAAUGGGAAUGGGAAACAGCAGUUGCAAAAGACAAGGAUGUGCAUUUUAUUGUAAUGAUAAAGAUGAUUUCUAAAUAACUGUUGACAACUGUGAAGUAUGGUAACAAAACAUUUUAUUCUUAUUAGAUAAUGUAAACAGUAUUCAGGCUUUGAUUCAUAUACUUAACAGACACUGAUGAAUGUGUAUAUGGAACUGUUUGUAAUUAUGAAAACAAAAUCUCAUUGUUAUCUAGGAAAUGGUACUAACAAUUAUUCAUACAUAAAAAGAUAGGCUAGUUGGCAUAUAUUAUGCACAAAAAUAAGUCAACUCCAGCUAGAUCACCUACAAAAUCUAGGCCUAGAAAUGUAUACCCAUUGUAUAAAAACAAGUGGUUUAGAAUUGUCAAAAUUGGUCAGACAAUGUGUCCAGUGAAUUCUAUAGCUUAUCAAUACUGCUGUUGCUUUGUCGUAGACUUUGUUUUCUUGUCAAUUUAGUAUAUUAUGAAACAUUUACAUUGUAAGAUCAGGUGCUUACAAAUAUCAUGGCAUUGUGUAAUCAGAGGCAUUCUGUUGAUACUAUAAGUAAUCAAAUAUAUUAUUUUCCUGCCUCAUAGAAAUAGGUAGGUAAUGAAAAUAAAAUAUGAGAUCAGCAUUCAUUAACAUGUAUAACAUGAAAGUAUAAUGGGGAGCAAAUGCAUAUUAGGUCAUAUUGCUCCUUCCUAUUUUACCAGAAUAUCAUAAUACUGAAAAGUUUCUUGACAGUUUGAUCGAGUACACUUUUGAAUAUAAGUUAUUUAACAUCAAACUUAUAUAAAUCGAAAAGGAUGUUGUACAGGAACCCUUUUUCCUAUAAUCUGCACAUAUUCAUUGUAAGGAACAAUCUUUUGUUCUAUACAUAUUUGAUUGAUUAGUGUUUGUUUAUCUACAAUAUAGAAAUUUGUUAAAAAAUAAAUAUUCAAAAUAAGUAUUUGCAAGAACAUUCCGAGUGAAACAAAUAUAAUUAUAGUAAGGAUAUUCUGGGUCAUCCUGAUUUCCACUUUUAUUGAUAUUUCAGUACUGAAUUGAAAAAAAAGACUAAAUGUUCAUUGUUAUUCAACCUAAACCUUAUAGAUUAUGCCUGUUGUUGAAAGGCAAAUAAUUUUUAACAGGUAGAAGAUGCAGUAUGUGGCUGAGUCAUAAUAUUUUUUGCUUACAAUAAUGAGAGUUUAUUGAGUGCAUUUAAGACAUUUUAAUUAUUAGAUAGUGUAUGAAUAGAAUGAGGAAUUUUACAGUGAUAGAAAAGAUCUCAAUUACUGCAUGUCAGCCUUUUGAUUAUCUUUGUGGUACUUCUUCAGUUACUUUCUGUUCAUUCCAUUUUUUUAUUAACUCAUUCCAUUUUAAAGGAGUCUGACCAGUUAUUGAUGAGGCUACUUUUCUUAUUGUUUUAAGUGAAAUACUCUCUGAAAAUACUCUAGGUAGCAGAUUUGGUGAAAAGGAGCUCUUUCAUCCUUAGAUAGUUUUAAAGAAAUUUUCUGUACAAGAAACAUUUAGACUAACUUCUGUGGGCUCUUUGAAAGCAUUAAAAGUAGACAUUUGUUGUUGGUAGAUUUCUAGAAAGGAAUUGUAAAAUGCAUAAAAUAUAUGAAUUAUUUUUUGUUUCAAAAAUAGCUUAUGCUAUGGACUUCAUAAAAUUGCAUGGACUUGUCAUCAGUUAUGAGUAACACAGAGGGCAACCCCUGUUAUAUUUCUACCCAUUUCUUUUCCUUUUUUCUAUUAUUAUUUUGAGUUAUUGGCAAUAAUGAUGCUUGUACCUGUAUCAGACUGAAAAGCACAAUAUAUAUGCAUUAUGCUUGUCUAUAAACAAAGAAACUUC